CUAAGGGGUACUUUCUUGACUUCCAAACUUCUCAAAAGUCUUAAUUCUACCAAUUCAGAUGACACGGUAAGCUUCGAAUCGGACAAUUCAUCUAUAAUUAUGAGCGCACCUUUAACGCAGAAAUACGUCUGUAAAGAUCGUCUCAACAUCACUCUUCACAGCCCUGGUUCAUCGAUCCAAACUCGUUUGGGAUAUAAGAGCAACCUUUUCACUUUAGAUGGUCGUAUGCUGGGCGCAUCCCGAACGGGAUCGAUCAACAGCAGAGACUUGAUUAGUUAA